AUGUUUACAUUCACGCCCCUUCUGGGCGCCCAGUUCUCUUCGUCAAGAGCAUCGCAGUCGAUCCUCGAGCUUGAAGGUGGAAUUAAGAUUCUUGUCGAUGUUGGCUGGGACGAGACUUUUGAUGCCUUGGAGCUGGCCGAGCUAGAAAAGCAUAUUCCCACACUUUCCUUGGUACUCCUAACGCAUGCGACCAUAUCCCACCUCGGUGCUUUUGCGCACUGCUGUAAGAUGUUUCCGCUUUUCAAUCAAAUCCCAGUUUAUGCCACCGGCCCGGUUAUCUCGCUCGGGAGAACGCUACUCCAAGACAUGUACGCAUCGGCGCCCCUCGCCGCGACCUUUCUACCCAAAGCAUCUCUAUCUGAGCCCGGAGCAUCCACGUCGGCAGCGUCCGCAACAGCAGAAACAGCGUCUGCAGAAGGGUCCGAAGACAGUCGCAGUAAUCUUGCUACAACUGGCAGGAUCCUCCUUCAACCACCUAAUGCCGAGGAAAUCGCUCGAUACUUCUCACUUAUUCACCCGCUUAAAUAUUCACAGCCUCAUUCUCCCCUUUGUUCGCCUUUUUCUCCUCCACUUGACGGCUUGACUUUGACUGCGUACAGCGCCGGUCACACAGUGGGAGGAACAAUAUGGCAUAUUCAGCAUGGCAUGGAGUCUAUUGUCUACGCUGUAGAUUGGAAUCAAGCGAGGGAGAAUGUGGUAGCGGGUGCUGCCUGGUUUGGAGGUACCGGGACCGAAGUUAUUGAACAAUUGCGCAAGCCUACAGCAUUGAUUUGUAGUGCCAAGGGUGGAGACAAAAUUGCCCCUCCAGGCGGCCUGCAGAAAAGAGAUGCAUUGCUCUUUGACAUGAUCCGCAGUAGCCUUGCAAAGGGUGGAUCUGUUCUAAUUCCUACAGAUACCAGUGCCCGGGUCCUUGAGCUGUCAUACGCUUUAGAACAUGCUUGGCGUGAUGCGGCUGAUUCUGAGGAUCACGAAGAUGCGUUCAAAAAUGCUGAGCUCUACUUGGCUGGACGGAAAGCACACAGUACUAUGCGCCUAGCUAGAAUUAGAGAGUUCGAGGCCGUCGAGGGAGGCGAUUCAGCAACAGCAGCUCGAAGUCACAAGAGAACUGACAGCCAGGGCCGUAGUGCUGCCCCCCCUUCGCGAGACAAACAACAGUCCGUCAAACUGGGACCCUUUACAUUGAAGCACUUGAAGAUUGUUGAGCAAAAAAAGAAACUGGAGAAAAUCAUAGCUGAUGGCACCCCAAAAGUUAUCAUUGCCUCAGACACUUCGCUAGAUUGGGGGUAUUCAAAGCAGACGUUCCGUCAUCUGGCACAGGGCUCGCAAAAUUUAAUAAUUCUGACUGAAUCGCUUCCGAUUCGCUAUCAGAUUGAUGAACUAGAACAAACGGAGAAAAUGACUCUUGGGAGGAUGAUUUGGCGAUGGUAUGAAGAAAGGAAGGAUGGCGUGGCUAUGGAAACAACCUCGAGCGGAGAAUUACUUGAGCAGAUACAUUCGGGUGGACGAGAAAUUUCAGUGACGGAUGUAGAUCGGGUUCCGCUUGAUGUCGAUGAGCAGGUACUCUAUCAGCAAUAUCUUGCAACCCAAAGGCAAAUCCAGAAUACAUCCCAGGCACGCGGGGAUUCCAAUAUGGAUACUGCCGCGGAUGCUCUUGACGAUGGGGCUAGUUCAACGUCAUCCGAGGAUUCCGAGUCAGAACAGCAAGGAAGGAUCCUUAACUUUUCGACCUCAUUGGCACAUUCUAAUCGAAGUAAGAUUGGCUUAAGAGAUGAGGACCUGGGCAUUAACGUCCUUCUGAGACGCAAAAAUGUCUUUGAUUAUGAUGUCCGUGGAAAGAAAGGCCGUGAGCGCAUGUUUCCCUAUGUUGCUCCCAAGAAACGCGGUGAUGAGUAUGGAGAAUUUAUCCGCCCAGAGGAGUACCUGAGAGCAGAAGAGCGUGAAGAAACAGCAGAUAUUCAACAGCAAGCUUCUGGACCGCAAGGCGAAAUGAGGCUUGGACAGAAACGCCGAUGGGAUGAAACAGGUCAGAAGGGCCCUACCGGAGGUACGGGCAAACGUCAAGCACUAUCUCAAGAGGGAGUUCUGGAUGGCAGUGCGGAAGAACUUGGUCUUCGCGAUGACCUGACUGCUCCCAGCGACGGUGCGGAUCUAUCUGACAAUGAAAUUGACGAACCGCCAUUUGAAGGGCCUGCUAAAACAGCGUAUCAAUACUCUACUAUCACUGUUAAUGCGCGAAUUGCAUUUGUUGACUACACGGGCCUGCAUGAUAAGCGAAGUCUUGAGAUGCUGAUUCCUCUUAUCCAACCCCGCAAACUGAUUCUUGUGGGUGGCGUGAAAGAGGAGAUAGCAAGCCUUGCUGCUGAAUGUCGGAACUUGCUUGCAGGUAAAGACGGAGGCGAUAAAUCUGUGGCUGUUGAUGUCUUCACACCAAACAAUGGGGAAGCAAUUGAUGCCAGUGUUGACACCAAUGCCUGGGUGGUGAAACUGAGCAACAGCCUGGUUAGACGACUCAGGUGGCAACAUGUACGGAGCCUUGGUGUCGUAGCUCUUACUGCCCAACUUAAGCCGCCAGAGAGAGUUGCUGCCGAAAACGAUAUCAAUGAGUCAGCCAAUAAAAAGCAAAAGUUGCUGGAAAGUGAGCCAGAUGCUGUCGUUACCCCGGUUGACGGAGUUAAUGACUCAUCAGCAUCGAAGACCGAUGCGUAUCCCAUUCUAGACAUACUUCCGGCUAAUAUUGCAGCUGGGACUCGCUCCAUGGCUCGCCCGCUGCACGUGGGCGAUCUUCGGCUUGCCGACUUGCGGAAACUCAUGAUAUCUGCGGGGCAUAAAGCAGAAUUUCGCGGAGAGGGAACGUUACUAAUCGACGGCAUGGUAGCAGUCCGCAAGUCUAGCACCGGUGCCAUUGAAGUUGAGGCUGCAGCGCAGUCUUUCGCAUCAGAACGCAGGGGUGCUGGCAGCUUUCUAGCUGUGAAACGUAAGAUUUAUGAAGGGCUUGCAGUUGUUGCGGGUGGUUAA